GUUCCCUUUAUUUCCUAUCGACCGGGAUUCUACAUUAUCAUAUCAACACAACAUUAUGGCUACCUCCACAAGAUGUUCGGGACGAUGGCGGGCACGAAAGACUUUGUUGCUUUCCUUACUAUUUUUUCUCCUUCUCCUAACCAUCGUCAGUGAUCGGUUUUGCGUCGCUGCAGAGGGCUCGGAUAACGACGACGACAGCUUCCCGGACCCAGUCAAUAUCGAAGACGAUCCUUCAGCGACACCAACGCCCACCCAUUCCGUUUCCCCUCCUGGCACUAUUCCAUCCCUAGCUGUCCCAUUUACUCCACCUCAUUUCGUUACCGUAGCUCCAACGCCUCCUUCUCCUUCACAGGUGCCGCCAAAUCCCGUAUCUACGUCCCCUUCGGGGAUCCUUAAGCCGGGUACAGCUAAUGCAGAAUGUACCGUCAUAGCUGAUCUUUACAAGGCGACAGGUCCAUGGAAGUUCGUUCCUGAUACAACCAACUGCUGCAAUGCUGAAUAUCCCAACUCGUCUGGGAUUAAGUGCAAUGCCAACGGCCAAAUCAUUUACAUCUACCUGGCAGGUCAAGGACUUUCAGGGACAUUGCCCGAUAGUCUCGGGGGCCUUAGCAGCCUUCAGUACCUGUUACUAUACUAUAACAACUUGUCGGGACCCAUUCCUCCAAGUUUGACCAAUGCACCACUUCUUAUCCUUGAUCUUAGCCAUAAUCGGAUCUCGGGCAGCCUGCCUUCCUCAGCACCUGGCUGGACCAACUUGGGGACGCUCAACCUUGAGCAAAACGCGCUCACGGGUCCGCUUCCUGACUGGGUCACCACCUUGCCGAACCUGCAUUCCAUAGCUAUCGGACAGAACCUUUUCACUACAGGAGAUCCACAUCCUGCCUUCACAUUCAACACUGAGCCAGGCAUGAACAGUACCGCUGGCGCAGCAACGCCUUCUUCUAUUCCGCCCUCGGUCAACCCCGCGAACUAUAUUCCACCCGCAUCCACAUUUCUGGACGCGUUCACGAAACUCCCAAAGCUGAAGCAGCUCAAACUGGACUCGCUUGGACUCUCGGGUGGGUUCCCGCCUUCGUGGGAGCAAAAGAUGGUUAACCUGACCAAAUUGGAUCUUUCCAAUAACUCUAUGCAAGGCCAGAUCCCUGGUUUCAUCAAUGGGUUCACAGGACUCAAGACUCUGCUUUUGGAUAGGAAUGAGUUUGGAGGACCGAUCCCAUCCUUUCAGCAAUUGAAUAACCUCUCUGUCCUCGAUCUAUCAUUUAACCAGCUCUCAGGGCCACUUCCACCCUGGGCCGCAGGUCUAAACUUGACCAUUGUGAACCUAUCCAACAACUUGCUCUCGGGACCACUUCCCAUGGAUAACCAUCACGCCUGGCGUGCAUGUUCUGUCGCCAACAACUAUUUCAUCUGCACUAAGGGUCCCGAACAAGUUCUCAGUGCAAAAUGGAAAUCUGAUUGUCGAGCCCAAUGUUCAGAUGUCCAGCGAGACGUCCCUCGAUUCCGACCAGCGGUGGAUACGACCCUUCCAGAGAUUCGAGUCCACCAAACGCACAACGGGGGAGGCUCUCAAUCCUCAGCUGCCGGGUGGAUCGCAAGAUGUGUCACCAUGGGAACGGUAUUGGGGCUCUUGUUGAUGCUUUGCUAGCCUUCACGUACAUUAUUCAUCGUCUGGAUUUCAGUAUAUAAGUAUCUUGUAGUGUCCUGCGUUGGUAGCGUUUUUGUAAGAGCACUUCAGUGGGCCCGUAGAUCGGUGCGCGGCACGUACUUGGCCCCUUUCAUCUUUUAAUUGUCCCUUCACAACUUGUAGUUCAUCCUCUCAUUUUAUCUAGGCAUUUCUCAAAUGACCAUUACGAUCUGUUUAUAUUUAUCAUAUUAUUUUUAUUUUCGUGAAUUGUCCUAACAACGAUCUGCUCAGCAGCAUGUCCAUAGGCCUGUCGGUCAAUUACCU